UUACACUUCCAUAAUUCUUAUAAAUGGCUGGAGUGUUAUCUGUAGAUAUCUUUUCCGACUCUAAAAAAGUCUCAACUCUUAGCACGAGUCACGCCAAGAGGGCAUACGUGACGUUUUUAGCCGGAAAUGGCGAUUACGUGAAAGGAGUUGUUGGAUUGGCAAAGGGUUUGCGAAAGGUGAAGAGUGCAUACCCUCUCGUGGUGGCCGUCUUGCCCGAUGUGCCGGAGGAGCACCGGAAAAUCAUACGCAAACAAGGUUGCAUUCUUCGUGAAAUUGAGCCAGUUCAUCCUCCUAAGCACCAAAUACAAUUUGUUGCGGCCCAUUAUGUCAUCAACUACACCAAGCUCCGUUUAUGGAAUUUUUUGGAAUACGAGAAGAUGAUAUACUUAGACGCAGACAUUCAAGUAUACGAAAACAUCGAUCAUCUCUUAGACGACACACCAAAUGGUUACUUGUAUGCUGUGAUGGAUUGUUUCUGUGAGAAAGAAUGGAACCAUUCAAUUCAAUAUUCCGUUGGGUAUUGCCAACAACAUUGUCCUGAUAAAAAGAAAACGAUAACUUGGCCUGCCGGUUCAUCAGCUCCUCCCUUGUACUUCAAUGCUGGCAUGCUCGUGUUUGAGCCUAGUCGUGUUACUUAUGAUAACCUUCUUCAAGCUGUCCAAAUUACUCCACCUACUCCAUUUGCAGAGCAGGAUUUCUUGAACAUGUAUUUCCAAGAAGUAUACAAACCAAUUCCUCUGGUAUACAACUUGGUACUAGCAAUGCUGUGGCACCACCCUGAAAACGUUGACCUCGACAAAGUUAAAGUGGUUCACUACUCUGCAGCCGGAUCAAAGCCGUGGAGAUAUACUGGAAAAGAAGAAAACAUGGACAGGGAAGACGUAAAGAUGUUAGUCAAGAAAUGGUGGGACAUUUACAAUGAUGCUUCCCUUGAUUACAUUUACCCUCAUGAUGAUGAACAAGAUAGUAGAGUUCCAAAAAAACCGACACCUUUUAUUACUGCUUCUUCUGCUGCUUGAUUGGAAAAGCAUUUCACGUUGCUCGAAUGCUUUAGAAAUGACGAUAUAUAGGUGUCAAACUUUUAGAAGUGUAUGUUUUGAGGAUCGACUUGACACGGGGACAAUUAACAUUUUUUUAAAAGUCCGAGCUAACAUAGUUGAACUUCAUAUGAUAUUACAUAAUCUGAUAAUUAUUUCCUGUUUUCUUAGCGAAGCUUCUUGGCUCUGUUCUUAAUAUAUCGUACUUAGCUAUGUAACCAGAUAAUGUGUAUCAAGUGGAUUGUAAAAAAUCCUUCAUGUCCGGAA